UUUCCAUCAUCAACCAACCAUGAUAGCUGAUAGAGGCGCUCCCUUGUUUGAUUCGGGGAAUACUAGAGAUUAUAACCAUGCCACAGACUCUAAUUAUAAGAAACUUCGAGCUGAAGCAGACGCAUUAUACGAUAAACGUCAUAAAUUGAGUCAACAACUGCAACUGGCUUAUAAACUGGGAGAUGGAGCUAAAGCUCAUGAACUAAGUGAAAAACUGAAGAAAAUAUUGGAACAAGCAGAAGCUAAAAACAGGCAAGCCGCUGAAUACGUUUUCCGAGAAAAUAAUUCUGAUAGUGCUGAAGAUGAGAUUGAUUUACAUGGAUUAUACGUUAAUGAAGCGAUUUUUUUUUUACAAAAUCGUAUUGCUAAUUCGAUAAGAACAAACCAGUCUCAUUUAAGAGUUAUUGUUGGUAAGGGAUUACAUUCGAAGAAUGGGGUUGCUAAAAUCAAACCAGCAGUCGAUGAUAUGUGUGAUGAAUGUAAUUUAAGACAUCGAAUUGAUCCAAAUAAUUCUGGAGUUUUAGAAAUUGAUUUAUCUAAUACUCAUGAAAACCAAAUUCCAUCAAGCUGGAAUUCUCAUGGUGCUGGUGCCACUAUUAAUCAACCUCAACAAGCUUAUCAUGGUAAUGCUGGUCCUCAAUACCAUCAACAACCUCAAAAUAAUCAAUACCAUCAACAACAACAACCUUUCAAGACUGGUAAUACUAUUGUUGAUUUGUUGAUUAAAGGAUUAUGUAUGUGUCUCAAUAGUAAAUAGACUGUAUAACUACAAGGUAAG